GUCGUUUUUUUUUAACUCGUGUAAAAUGUGCUCAUUUUUUACCCGGUCCAUCGGCCGCUAAUACUGGUGGCCAUAAUAUCUUACAUUUGAAGCAUAUUUCCUGGCUGGUCAAAGAACAUGAAUCUGUCGUUUUCAGGCUGUGGUUUUCUUGGUAUAUAUCAUUUGGGGGUGGGGAGUUGUAUAAAAACACACGCUUCUGAAUUGAUGGUUGGUGCUCGUAUCGCCGGGGCUUCUGCCGGGGCCAUAUUUGGUUGUCUUCUUGUAUGCGACGUUGGAUUAGGUGAAUGUACAGAAGAUGUACUUGAAAUUGUUAUGAGAGCACGUUCACAUACACUAGGACCCCUGCAUCCAAGUUUUAAUGUUACUAAGAUUGUACAAGAUGGUCUACGAAAAGUACUACCUCCAGAUGCUCAUAAAUGUGCCAGCGGCCGUUUAUUUGUAUCGCUGACAAGACUUUCAGAUGGUGCCAAUGUUAUGAUUUCACAGUUUGAUAGCAGGGAGGACCUUAUACAGGCAUUAUUAUGCAGUGCAUUCAUACCGUUCUACUCAGGGUUAAUACCACCAUCUUAUAAAGGAGUUGUAAGAGAGAGUGAUAUAUGCCCACCAUCAGAUGACACUAGUAACUAUCUACAUAUGAAAUUAUCUGGUACAAGUAUACAGUUAACCCCUUCCAAUUUAUAUAGACUGUCAAGGGCUUUGUUUCCUCCGGAACCAGAAAUUAUGACUAAAAUGUGUCGGCAGGGAUUUGAAGAUGCUUUAACAUUUUUAAAACAGAGUUUAGUUAGCUGUACCCGUCAUCUUAGUCUUCGUUCCAUCAGUGAAGUGAAUAUGAGUUCAAUGAUGUUAUGUGAAGACGGCACUGACUCUGUAAUAUUGGAAGAUGACGAAGAAGACUAUUUAAUAGAAGAAAUGGAACAUUGUAGUGAUUGUAAUGACAAAAAACAAGAAUUUGCCUUGAUUGAUAAUUUACCACAACCAGUCUUAGCAGCUUUACAUCACGCUAGUGAAUCUGUGAAUAGUAGUUACAUAAAAUCAUUAGUCUCCAUAGCAACGCUGCCAUGUUUGCUGCCAAUACAAAGUGCUUAUAGUAUAGUGACCAGGUUUAUUGAUUGGAUACCUCAUUUACCAACCGACCUCCAAGCUUUCCUUUAUUUCAUGUGGCAGAUUGCCAAAUAUGUUGUACAACACAUAGAAGAUGGUCGUCAUAGUUACAGUGCAAGAUUCAGUUGUCAGCUUGCUAUCACUGAAAGUCAAAGGAACUUGAAUAACAACAGUGAUUCACAAAGUGAUAUGAAGAAUGUUAAUUUUCAAAUCGAAGUGGGACUUAAAAAAACACAUCGUGUCAAGUGGCAGAUAGGGGACGAGGAAAUCCAUCUUCCCUUGGAUACUGAUGACGGUAUUGGCAGUGGUGGAGAAAGUUGUGAAGAAAGUUUUGAUGAUUUACCACCACUCUUGGACGAAACGGACAUAGUACUUUUAGACAAAUAUGACAGCGUCGCACAAGGACAGAAAAUAAGUUCCGCACCAACCCCACUUACAACAAAUUUAUCUCGCUCAUGA